AUGUCGUCGGAUUUCUGGGCCGGGUACCUUAGCGGUGCCGUAGGGAUUAUCAUCGGUAACCCGCUCGAUCUCGUCAAAGUUCGACUCCAGGCCGGCCAGGCAGGGAGCACUGCAACUUCCCCGCACCCGCAUGUGAGCCGCCUAGAGAAUGCACGCAACCUGGUGCGAGGCGCUGCUGCUCCUAUUCUCGGAUAUGGGGCCCUCAAUGCCAUUCUCUUUGUCGCCUACAAUCGGUCGUUGAUGUUCUUGGACAACUCAAUUCUCGAUCCCACCAAUCCCCAAACCACCUCGCUCUAUAAGAUAUGGAUUGCCGGUGCUGCAGGAGGAGUCGCCAGCUGGACUGUGUCGUCUCCAACGGAGUUCAUCAAGUGUCGAGCGCAACUUGACACCCGACCAGGUGUUUCCUCCUGGACUGUUGCGAAAGACAUUCUUCGAACUCGUGGGUGGAGAGGCCUCUACUACGGAGGAGCCAUCACUUGUGUCAGGGACUCCAUUGGCUAUGGUUUUUAUUUUUGGUCUUACGAGUAUUGCAAACGAUUGAUGACGUCCGACGAGGACGAUGCACGAGCCGCCGCAGCGAAGGUCCUUCUUUGUGGCGGGAUAGCGGGAGUCGCCACGUGGGCAUCGGUCUUUCCCUUAGAUGUAAUUAAGACUAGGCUCCAAGCACAGACGAUUGCUGUGCAGCCCGAAAACCGCCAGUUGUUACCACCGCAGCAUGAACGAAGGACGUUGAACACGUUUCAGCUAUUUAGAGAAGCCUACCGUGCUGAGGGAUUUAAAGUCUUCUACCGUGGCUUAGGCGUCUGCAGUAUAAGAGCGUUUAUGGUAAAUGCUGUCCAGUGGGCAACAUACGAAUGGCUCAUGAAGUAUCUUAAUGCCGACUGGACCCAGGCGCCUACUAACGUUGUUGCUAAAGAAGUAUAG